AAAAUUUAAUGUUCACUCCUCCAAACUUUGCGGCUCAUUCAGCCCUAAAUAAAAUAUCUAAAAUCAUGGCCAGAAUAUUUUAGUUAUAAGAAAAACUAAAAAUAGAAAACACUGUCGAAUUCCCUAAGUCAAAUUAAGUAAGAAUCUCAAAUUAAUUUUAGAAAAUUAGUAAAACAUUAAAGAACAUUUAUCUGAUGAACCUAGAGGAUGAAACAAUUAUCCUCGCCUUUUAUUUUGUUGAUCAGAUCACUAAGAAAUUAAGAAUUUUUCUUAACUUAGAAAAUAGUACUGGAAUAUUAAUUGGGGCUAUUAUAAUCGCUGAUAAGAUUCUUAAUGACUAUCCCAGAAAUAUUGAUAAAUAUUAGCUGGCUAGUGGACUCAAAAAAUAAUAACUUAUAGAAAUAGAAAAAUAUUUCUUAGAAAUAUUGGAUUACAAUUUAUAUGUUACAGAAGAAAAUUUUGAAAAGUAUCAAAAAAGAGUACAAGAAUACUGAGAGAG